UUUUUUUGUGAACAGAUAGGAAGGGAGGUUUAUUUGUUCAAAGAUGGGAAGGGAGGUCGCAAGCUAACAUUUUCCACUCCAGGAAGGACAAUGGCAUUUCCCUUUUCCUUUGAUUUUUCUGUUUGUAAGAACUAAAGUGUCGGGCCCGGAGUGCCCCCAUUAAUUUGGUUACACAAUGCCCCACUCUUUGCGUCCGCUCUAAAAAUAGACUUGCGGGUGUGAUGUCGAAUGCCGUAAAAAACUUAAUUAAAGCCCUCUCUACCAUUAAUUAGUUUUACAAGAGAUGAUAGAAAAGCGGUACGACAUAAAGGAUGUUGAGGAAAAAGAGGAUACUUUUGGUAGAAAUAGAUAUAUAUCUUGAAGUACACAGAAUUUCAUUGGAAAAUAUUCGUUUGGAAAUUAUUUUAAACUACACUGAAGAAACUGUUUUGAAAGCCUGCAUCAUUAAAGUUAAUUCAACAACAUUAGUUUCAUUUAUAUUUGUGAAACUGCCACUUCAUUUAAACAAGAACACCUACAUUACUACAUAUUCAUACUUCUCAUCAAGGUUGGAAUUCAAUGAGCAUAUAAGUAAGUUAUUUGACGACUUGGUGCGGUAUGUUGGUACUGAGUUUCGCUUAAUCUAUUUCGUUAGCUUUGUUAGAUUCAAUCAAAACAAUGGAGAAUUUAAAGUUAGUCAAGAAAACUGUCGUACACCCCGAGAAACCCACCAGACGCAGGCGAAUCUUCUUAUCAAACAUUGAUCUUGGCCUCAUUGCCUACCAAGAAUCAGUGUCUUUCUUUGAUCCUCCACAAAUCAAUUUCGUCGAAGCUUGUGAAAAGUUGAACAGAGCCCUUGAGCGUUUGUUUGUACACUAUGAUUUCUUUGCUGGGCGCCUAGUGCCAUCUCUAGGAGAUGGCCAGCGACUGGAGAUCGAAUGCAAUGGCGCGGGUGUGGUGGUUGUUGCAGCUGAAACUGAGACCAAGUUGAGCCAACUUGGAGAUCUUAUGGCACCAAAGCCAGAUUUUAAACAAUUUACUGGGUUCUUAAAUGAAGCGAAUGAAGAAGAAAUGGAAAUAAAAGACAUGCCUCUUUUGUUCAUCCAGUUGACUCAAUUGGGAUGUGGAGGCGUGGCAUUUGCUUCUCGUUACAAUCAUUGUGUCCUAGAUGGAGUAGCUGUACGUGAAUUCCAGGCUAACAUGGCUGCUCUAACACUGGGUAAAGAUAUGAUGUUAAUACCAAAUCCCGAUCGGACAAUGUUUAGAGCACGAAACCCCCCUCUAAUCAAUCACCCUCACCAUGAGUACUCAAAACCAAUCCAAUGCAAAUCUAAUGCCACAUUUGUGCAACCUUCAAUUUACGAUCGAACUCACCUGAUCCAUUUACCACCACACCGCAUUGCCAACAUAAAGAAAGCCACCAUGAGAGAUGGAAAAAAGUUAAAUUGCACCACCUUCCAAGCCGUGGCAGCAAAGAUAUGGAAGGCAAGGAGUGUUGCUUCGGGAAUGGAGGAUGAAAGGAUUUCAACAAUGUUGUUUCCUGUGGAUUGUAGGAAAAGGGUGGUACCACAAGCACCGAUUGGGUUUUCUGGAAAUGCCCUAAUUCCUGGAUUUGCUCGGGUGAGCGUGAAGGAGUUGAAGGAAGAAGAAGAUUAUGUUCUUGUGGAGAAAGUGAAAGAAGGGCUGGAGAGAUUGGAUGAUGAGUAUGUGAGAUCUAGUAUAGAUUGGUUGGAAGUGAACAAAGGGGUACCCUGUAGGGAAGAUAGCUUCUCUCUGGUGGCAUGGUGGAGAUUAGGGUUAGAGGAAGAUGAGUUUGUUUGGGGAAAAUCCAAGUGCAACACUCCAGUGUCGCUUAAACCUGGUUUGGUGUAUCUAUUGCCAGGACUAACAGAUGAGGGAGGGCUUAACAUUUGCCUGGAACUGCCUAAUGAUCAAAUUAGGGAGUUUCAUAGGUUAAUGAUGGAAGGUUAAUACUAAUGGCCAAUGUCAUAGCAUAUUUUGCAUGCGUCAAUUGUAUGCUUUAUCUCAUCAAUUGUAGCUUGUAGUAACUUUUAACAUCUUAUUGUAAAGUCAAAUUAACAG